AUGGAUCCCCAACCCAAUCUUCUUGAGCAAUCACACUCACCUUUUGUCGCGGCCAUGACCAACGCCGGGGUAACGGCAUCUGCAUGGGCACAGCCUGAUCACCCUGAGUGGUACAUGUUGCGCGGUAUGGUACCAUGCGCAGAAGCUGAGUCGAAUGUAUCAUGCGUAAAACUGAUGAAGGGCGAGUUUGCAGAUCUGCUCAAGUCGUCAGCUGCGCGACCCAUGCUCGAAUCUGUGGCACAGAUAUUGCGCUCUUCAUUGGCCGGCUAUACAAGCUCUGAGGCUGUGCGGAUCCUUCUCCCAUUUGACAAGGUCCGAGCUGAAAUGACCGCAGCUCCCGUGGACGUGCUAUGCGUCGCCAUAGCUGCCUUACACGCUUUCGUGCAGUUGAAUUGGACAGGACCUGAUUUCAAUCUCACACCAGUGGAGCUACUUCGAUAUCAUGCGCCGCAUCACUUUUCCCUGCGAUCAGUGCACGAAAAUGAAAGGGAAUGUGAUGAGGACAUGACUUACGCACGUGUUCUGCACGCAUCCAGCCUCGAAUACCUAACAUUGCAUGGCGAACCUGCGUAUCACUUGUGUCAAGCACCCUUCUUCCUUGUAUUUUCGCUACUACUUUUCCAUGCUUUGGGUGCCGCAGAAAACGGCACGUUGCUCGCGUCUUUGCCCUGGUGGCAACUGCGCGCGCGAUCUGUGCAUAUCCGUGUGCUAGACGAGCCUGUGGCAUGUGAAGAAGUGCUUCUAACAAACGCUUACCAGAUGGCUUCGGCUUUUGGUGAGUGCAGUGCGAAAGCUUCCAGCGAGGCUGACAAGCAUGCAUGGAGUCACUUACAAGCGCGAAUCACACUGGAAUGUGCGCUUGCGCACCAGCGAGCUGGGCAGGAUCGUUUGGCGUCAGAGGGGUUAGUGGAAGCAGCCAAGAUGAACGGACUUGAGUAUGAGCUGAGCGGAGCUCUCGGCAAACGAACAAAGUGGCAGAAAGAGGACAAGACACAGUUGGUCUUGUUAGCCGAGUCAAGGGAAGCGGGGGCCGACUGUGCCGAGGAAGAGACAUCGACUCAUCCAACAUCAAAGAAUAUCGACUCUGCUAUGCCCCCGAACCAACAUGGGUGGCAAGCUACUGUUGAUCCAAGCAAGCAGGUGAACCAUCAGCCAGCGACAUACUCCCUCAACGAUGAUACCCUGCUGGAACAGACGCAGUUCACAAAAACAGCACCCAACACGGAGCAGCGUCUCUCGCAUCUGGACCCUGGUCAACAGCCACCUUUGGCCGUCACAGAUCAGUGUAUCCUGCUGGCGUUGUGCCUGAAUAUUCACAACACGCAGGCGUCACAUGGCCUGACAUCCGAGCAAAUGUCUGCGUUUGUUGAGCGGGUCGUAUCGCAUCCACAGAACUGGAGUGUGCACACCAUGAGUCUGUUACUCCGCGCUCGACUUGAGUCGACGCGCACGCGAACAGUAGAAAGGAGCACGCUGCAGCUGCAAGCACUCAUUGACCAGAUGCCAACGAAUGAUUCGAGCAUUCGUGAGCGCCUUCGGUUCUUCCAUGCAUUAGACUUGCCCGCGAAAUGGUCUAUGCAGUGCGAGCUUGCCGAUCGGUUUGUGUCGAUCGGUAUGCUGCGCAGCGCUCUGGAAACAUAUGAGCGCAUCGAGAUGUGGGAACAUGUGGUCCAGUGUCUUGGUUUAUUGGGGCAGCAUCAGGAAGGAAGAGAUAUUGUGCGUGAUCUUCUUGAAGGACGCAAGACAGAGGCGGAUGUUCAGCUGCAAACGAAGCGAAUCGCAACGUCGACAAGUCGGAUUCCCCCUGCACGUUUUGCCAAGGCGCGUGAGGCUAAGUUGUGGUGCCUUCUUGGCGACCUGGAACCUGAGCAAGCCGAGUCCCAUUAUUUGCAUGCUUGGGAUGUGUCCGACCAAACAUCGGCACGCGCAGCGCGUUCGUUGGGUGGGUAUCACUUUGCGUUGCACGCGCAUGAACAAGCGGCGGUGUGGCUGCGACGCACGGUGCGCAUCAAUGCGUUGAAUACACGUGCGUGGUUCAUGUUGGGAUGUAGCUACAUGCGGAUGGAGCGUUGGCUUGAGGCUGCUGCGGCGUUCCGCAAGUGUACAGCCCUGGAAGAGGAGGACGGCGAGAGUUGGAACAAUCUCGCAAGCUGUUAUAUGCGCAUGCAUCUAACGCAGGUCCAGCGCCUUGAUACUGUAUUGACCGAGGACGAUCAUGAGCACAGUACCGGAGAUCGCGGCGCUAAUGAUGGUGAUGAUGAUGCGGCCUCGACGUCAAGUGAAAGUACCGCGCGCGACUCUGGGGUGUCUAUUAUGUCCGAUACAGAGCCUGAGACAAGGCAGGAGGCCUCUGUGAAUGAGGCACCGGCGUUCGAACUGCGCUUGUUGGCUCAUAAAGCGCUUGGUAUCUCACUCAAAUUCCAGUUUGAUGCAUGGCGUGUAUGGUCCAACUACAUGAUUGUGUCGGUCGAUGUGGGCAUGCUGAGCGAAGCAGCGCGGGCGUUGGCACGCAUCGUGGAGAUUCGUACGCGUGAGCUCAGCGGAAGCACAGCCAGUGCAUCGUCCAUGAACGUGCAAGACAUCGUGGAUAUGGCGGUACUCAACAGGCUGGUGGACGCUGUCGUUCGUCCGCAUGGAGUGGGCGAGGACGAGCAGCAGCCGAAGGAUGCAAAUGUUGGCGAGGGACUCCGGCCUGCCGUGCUUCGACUCUUCGACCAAACACUGCUGCCGCGUUUCUCGUCUCAUGCGCUGAUUUGGCUGAGCUAUGCACGUCUUAUGUUUGCUAGUGGCCACUACCGCAAGACGUUACAGGCACGGAUCCAGAGUUUCCAGUGCGGCUUAGGGAGUGCUGACGCGUUGGACGUCGUGACAGACAAAGCUGCCUGGAGCCUAGCGAAAGAAGAGCUGCAAGAGUUGUGUGAUGCGCUUGCGAAUCUUGGUCCCCAAGCAGCAGAACCAGGCUCCGAUGAUGAAGCCAUGCCUGACUGGCAAUUCCGUGCGCGUACGCUUGUCCGCUCCUUUAUGUCACGUACGCGCGAUAGCUUUGGAGAUGAGCCUGAAUGGUCAGAGCUCGCUGACCUUGUCGACGAGCUGAAGCGGCAGCCGUAG